AUGCUAUGCGGACAGAACAACCAGGUGACUUGCAUUUUCAAUUCCAAUGUAAACAGCAUUCAGAUAUACUUCAAGAUAGAAAAAAGUAUUUGUGUUCUCUUUUCCACUCCUACAAGCAUACAAAUAUCACACCGAUUUAUACUGACAGUGCCUUGUUUUUCCUUCCCCAAGGGUCGCUGUUCACGGGAGAAUUGUAAAUAUCUCCAUCCACCACCACAUUUAAAAACACAGUUAGAGAUAAAUGGACGGAAUAACCUGAUUCAACAAAAGAACAUGGCCAUGCUGGCCCAGCAAAUGCAGCUAGCCAAUGCAAUGAUUCCCGGUACUCAGCUGCAGCCUGUGCCAAUGUUUUCAGUCGCACCAAGCCUAGCCACAAGUGCAACAGCAGCCUUUAACCCAUACCUGGGGCCUGUCUCACCGGGUCUUGUACCUGCUGAAAUUCUUCCUACUGCACCAAUGCUUGUUGCUGGGAGCCCCGGAGUGGCAGUGCCAUCAGCUGCGGCAGCAGCUGCACAGAAGCUAAUGAGAACAGACAGACUAGAGGUAUGUCGGGAGUACCAGCGUGGAAACUGCAAUAGAGGAGAAAAUGAAUGUCGGUUUGCUCACCCAUCUGAGAGCGCAAUGAUUGAUACCAAUGAUAAUACAGUCACUGUGUGCAUGGAUUACAUUAAAGGAAGAUGUUCACGGGAAAAGUGCAAAUACUUCCAUCCGCCUGCACACUUGCAAGCCAAGAUCAAGGCUGCCCAGUACCAGGUCAAUCAAGCUGCAGUUGCUCAAGCAGCAGCCACAGCAGCAGCCAUGACUCAGUCGGCUGUCAAAUCACUGAAGCGACCCCUCGAGGCAACCUUUGACCUGGGAAUUCCUCAAACUGUACUUCCCCCAUUACCAAAGAGGCCUGCACUUGAAAAAACCAAUGGUGCCACCGGAAUGUUUAAUACGGGUUUUUUUUCCAGUACCAACAGGCUCUUGCCAACAUGCAGCUCCAGCAGCAGGCAGCCUUUUUCCCACCAGUUCCCAUGCUGCACGGUGCAGCGCCGGCUACUGUGUCUGCAGCCGCAACAUCUGCCACAAGUGUCCCCUUCGCUGCAACAGCCACAGCCAACCAGAUACCCAUAA